CCCCUGCAGCCAAUGGGACGACCUUGGAAGAGGCCCGGGCCGCCUCCAGAGCUUCAAAAACGUGUGAGGAGGGAAGAGUUUGCAGACGGAGCCUUAGCAGCUGCCUCGGUCCGGUCCUCAGAGGGUCCUCAGAGCUACUGCUACCGCGGCCCACCACCAGCCGGCAUGUCCUCUGCUCACUUCAACCGGGGCCCCGCCUAUGGCUUGUCGGCUGAGGUCAAGAACAAGCUGGCCCAGAAGUAUGACCACCAGCGGGAGCAGGAGCUUCGAGAGUGGAUCGAGGGGGUGACAGGGCGCCGCAUUGGGAACAACUUCAUGGAUGGCCUCAAAGAUGGCAUCAUUCUUUGCGAGUUCAUCAAUAAGCUCCAGCCAGGCUCCGUGAAGAAGGUCAAUGAGUCGACCCAAAAUUGGCACCAGCUGGAAAACAUCGGCAACUUCAUCAAGGCCAUCACUAAGUAUGGGGUGAAGCCCCACGACAUUUUUGAGGCCAACGACCUGUUUGAGAACACCAACCACACCCAGGUGCAGUCCACCCUCCUGGCCCUGGCCAGCAUGGCCAAGACGAAAGGGAAUAAGGUGAACGUAGGGGUGAAGUAUGCAGAGAAGCAGGAACGGAAAUUUGAGCCAGAGAAGCUAAGAGAAGGGCGGAACAUCAUCGGGCUGCAGAUGGGCACCAACAAGUUUGCCAGCCAGCAGGGCAUGACAGCCUAUGGCACCCGGCGUCACCUCUACGACCCCAAGCUGGGCACGGACCAGCCCCUGGACCAGGCCACCAUCAGCCUGCAGAUGGGCACCAACAAGGGAGCCAGCCAGGCCGGCAUGACUGCACCCGGGACCAAGCGACAGAUCUUCGAGCCAGGGCUGGGCAUGGAGCACUGUGACACACUCAACGUCAGCCUGCAGAUGGGCAGCAACAAGGGGGCCUCACAGCGGGGCAUGACAGUGUAUGGGCUGCCACGCCAGGUCUAUGACCCCAAGUACUGCCUGACGCCCGAGUACCCGGAGCUGGGCGAGCCCACCCACAACCACCACGCGCACAACUACUACAACUCUGCCUAGGGCCCUGGGCCCCCCACCCUGCCUUCCCCCCCCAGGGAGGCUAGCUGCUGCUCUCGGCACGGCCGAGCUGGCCCCGCCGACCCCCUCCCCCUGCAUGGCGUCCUCCAGCCCCCUGGCACCUGCCUACAGGGUUAGCGUUGCGGGGGGGGGGCAGACUGGGGGCGUGUGUGUCGGGGGGAAGGGGGCCCUCCUCCCUGGAGCGCCGCAGGAUCCAACAUCGAGCCGGGUGUGCCCAACAGCACCCAAAGGACGCACUGAGCAAAGCUACCCCAGCUGUCCCCCCACUCCCUCACAGGUGGGUCCCCGCAGGACAAGAAGUCCCCCCAGGCAAAGCCCCCAGAGCCCAGGCUCGGCCCGCCCCCACCCCAUCCCCGCAGUGGGAGCAAACUGCAUGCCCAGAGGCGCAGCGGACACACGCGGUUUGGUUUGCAGCGACUGGCAUAAAAUGUGGAUGUGACAGCGGCGUUUGUAAUGCAAGCACUUUCUUUUUCUAUUUCACUGGAGCACAAUAAACAGCUGUAAAAUCA